AUGGCUCCCCGAAGUGUUCUGGUGACUGGCGCCAACCGCGGUAUCGGCCUCGGUCUGGUCACGACUCUUUUGAAGAACGAGAAAAUUGAGAUUAUCGUCGCAGCGUGUAGAAAACCUGGAGAGGCCGAAGUUUUCAGAUUCUCGAUUUUUUUUUUGAAAUGAACUAUUAUUCAGGAGCUGAAAGCGAUCAAAGACAGUCGUUUGCAUCUUGUCAAACUCGAUGCCACUUGCGACCAGUCUAUCGAAUCCGCUUUUGAAGAGGUUUUUUCUUCCCAAUAGAUUCUCUCUUUUUUCUUAUGCAUUUUGUCGGAUCAGACGAAUAAGUGCAAGGUGAUCUGCUGACUGAUAUAACAGAUCUUCAUUUCGCUUCAUAAUAAGGAAAUUCAGGUCGAGAAGUUGGUCGGAGAAAAAGGCCUCAACCUGCUGAUUAACAACGCAGGAAUCAUGGUCAAGUACCCGAUCGACGAGCCGCCGAAGAGACAAGAACUUGCCCGCCAGUUCGACACCAACACCUUCGGCGUCGUCGUCAUCUCGCAGAUUUUCCUACCCCUUCUUCGACGAGCCGCUGUUGCUCAUGGCGGCGAUGACGUCAGCAUCGACCGAUCCGCUAUCGUCAAUAUUUCUUCUGGAGGUGGUUCCAUCGGAAACAACGAUCGAGGAUCAACUCCAUUUGGCCUGUUGGCUUAUCGCAUGAGCAAGGUAAGGAUUUUAGUUCGAAUCGUGCUUUUCAUGAGCAUUUUUUUUGAGUCUAUUAAGAAGUUAGAAACAUAAGAGCGGGUGGUGAAACAUUCAUUCAGCGCCAUUUUUUUUUUCAAACAUUCAUUCAGCGCCGCUUUUCUCAAAAAAAGUUCAUUUUUUAUUUUUACAGUUAAGAAAUUGUUGAAGGUGUGUAUUUUUUUUUAAUAAAUUUUUCAGUCGGCACUGAAUCAGUUCGGAAGAACGUUGUCGAUCGACUUAGCCGGUGAUCACAUUCUGGUGGCGUCUUUCUGCCCUGGAUGGGUUCAGACCGACAUGGGCGGAGAUGGCGCUGUUCUUACGGUAUGAAAAUUUCAGGUUCAUGGAAUAAAGUUUAUUUUUUUUUCAGUUGGAAGAUUCCAUGCGAGAACUGGUGCCCAGCAUCCUGCGGCUUCAGAAGGAACACUCUGGCGGCUACUUCAACCGCAAUCUCCAACCUAUCCCCUACUAG